CCGAGAGAGAGAGAGAGAGAGCAUGAGGAAGAGCUGCGCUGCCGCCCCCAGCCAGCGAAGCAGGAGCGGGGUGAAGGUCCAGCUCACCCCGCGCCUGGGCCGGGUCGCGCUCACGUGGUCGGGCAAAAGCGUCUGGGUCCGGCCUCAUUGCACUCUCUUCGGGAAGGAGGCGAUUUUACUGCGGGCAAAUUCGGGCGGUAGCUGCUGAGCAGGAUGGCGAUGGGGAUGGGGGUGGAGAUUUGGAUUUGACAGCGACCAAAAUCAGGAGAAUUUCGAGCAUUGAUGGAGGAGGCGAGGAAGGGAGGAGGAGGAGGGGCCCGUGCGUGUGCGAUCAUCGGAGCCGGCUGAAGCUGUCGUGGGUGCAGGGGGCGAGAGUGGAGUGAAGGAGGCAGGCUCCGGAUUUGCAGGGAAAGUUGCAGGGAAAGCGAGAAUGGGAAUUGCGACGAGGGCUUCGGUUGGCGUAGGGGAAACUGCGGCAUUGGCGUUGAGGUCGACGGGAUGGAGUGUGACGGAUCUGUUUCCUCGUGCCAGAUCGAGCGCGCUGGUCUGUGGAGUUUUUGGUGUAUGACAUCUCCCGGAUCGUCUUUUGCCGCCUCGGAGCUUCCCCUCGGUUUUGAAAAGUAACGGAAUUCGAUGGACAAAUCCAAGAGCAAGGACAACCUUCGAGCCGCAGGGAAGAAAAGGUUGGAGGAGUUCCGGCAGAAAAAACAGCAGAAGUCAAGUGCAACCAAAACCACUGGCACGGCCCUGAAGGCUCUGGCAGAGGAGGAAAAGCUGCUGUCAUCCACUUCAAGCAGCCCUAGAACUCCCAAUCAUGGAGACUUGUCAUUCAAGAGCGACGAAUUUGACUCCAAAAGCGACUCGGUGCCUUCAACUCCCGAGGAAAAACAGGCCACGGCUGAGCCAUGCAGGGAUAGUUUGAAUAAUGAGAAUCACCACGUUUCAGCUGGUAGGAACGUGGAUAGUCCUAGCAUCCCGCAAGAGAAAAACAAUGCACGGACCACUAUUGAUACUAAGGAUGUUCCGAAGACAUCCACAUUGCCCCCGUUGGUGGAUCAGCAAACCGUCACGGAGGAAGCGUCAACUGCUGGGAAGUUCGAGUCGGCUCUGGAGCUGACCAUCCCUUCGGAAAUUACCUCUACUGCUGCAAAUUCCAACCAUUGUGGGAGAGAAAAUGCAAUUACGGAAAGCAAGGUUGACUUCAGAUCUUCCCACCCGACCCUCUCCCAGCAUACUCCCAAUCAGGGCACAGAUGAUUCAGAACCACAUAUCCUCUCCGUGCAAGCAGAAACUUCAGGUAUUGAGAAAGAGCAGGGCCUUGUUCAGCCUUCUUGGAAUGCGGAACAGAAGUUUCAAGAAACAACUGAUAUCAAAUCUCUCAUUGCUGAGAUAGAGUCUUUGCAACUGCAGCUAAGAAUCACCCAGCAGGAGAAAGAGCAAUUGAGCGUAGAUCUCUCGUCAUCACACGGGGAGCUUCAGAAUCGCAAUGAGCAGUCUGCCGCAGAGUUAUCUGCAGCUCAGGACGCGAUGCAUCAAGCUAAGCAUAGAGAAUCACUUCUUCUGGCAGAUCUUGAAGCCGCUAAGCUUGAGAUGGCUCAGGCAAAGGGUGAACAUGUUCCUGAGCUGGAAAGACUGCAAAGGCAGUUGAUAGAAAAAGAGGAUUUGACCGUGGAGCUGACGAAGGAGUUGGCAUCAUCUAGAGAACUGUUGGCAGUAUUAGAAGAAGAAAAGUACAAUCUGUUUUCUAAGGUCGGACAAUUUCGUGCUGAGCUACAAACUCUGGGCCAAGAGAAAUUACACCUAGCUAGCGAGCUUGAAACGUCAAAUAGGUCUCUGCAGCACGUGGAGUUAGAGAAGGAGCAACUCUUGUCGGAGAGGGCUUCCUCCAUUCAGCACAUCCAGGACCUUCUUGACAAAAAUGCUCAAAUUACAACUGAGCUCAGAGAAUCAGUUGAGAAAUUUCAAACCUUUGAACUUACAAGGGAACAUGAGCUUGAGGCAUUUAGAGUGCAGAUAACGAGCAUUCAGGCUGAAAAUGCUAGACUGGCGCAACAGCUAGAUGUUGAGAGCACCUGUCUGAACGAAAUGAGAGUGGAGAAAGCACAGCUUCUUGCCGAUUUGAUUGUAGAGCAUAAGGAGUUGGAUCGAUUUGGGGAGGGAAAAUUGGAACUUGAUCGUGAAAUUGAAGCAUUGAAAACCUUGGUGGAGGAGCUUAGAUGCGAGAAGUCAAGUAUGUCGUCCAGUUGUGAAUCGGAAAUUAUAGUAGUUAGAAUGGAACUGAAUAGAGUAGAGGCAGCGUAUUCUGAACAGGCCAAUCACCUCACCGAGACAAGGAAAGAGCUUGAUAGAGUCAGCGAGGAACAUGUACGCAGCAUUAGCAAACUUGAACUUGCGCUUGAUGAGUGUAGCAAAAUGGUAGAUUGUAUCACAGAGGAAAAGAUCAAAGUUACAGAGGAGCUGAAUAAUGUGAAGUCACAACAACUACACAUAACUGAGGAGAAAGAACUUGCAAUUGCCAACCUUGGAAAUGAAUUGCAGGAAAGCAAGGAGCGGUUCAGAGUGACAGAAGAGCAGAACACUUCGCUGGCGAAGCUGCUUGAAGAAGCGAGGAUCGAAAUGCAGAGAGUAGUUGAGGAGAAUGCACGAUCUAUUUCAGAACUUGAGUCUGAACUGGAUAAGCAAAGACUUCUCCUCAUCAAGGACGUAGAGGAGAAAGGAAGAUUGAGGGGUGAGUUGCAAGAGGUGCAGGAACAAAUGAUGUCUGUGCAGAUAUCCGUCAGAGAUCGUCAGUCUGAAAUAGACAAGCAUGACGAGGAGCUGAAGCAGCUGGGAGAAAACCGAACCAAGUUGUCAAGCGAUUUGCUUAUGUCUAGGGAUGCGCUGACAAGACUAGAGGAAGAGAAGAGUCGCGCUGAUUUGGAGAUCUUGGGAUUGAAGGACCAGAUCGCAGAGAUGGACGGUAACUAUGUAGAAUGCGUGCAGACUUUGGAAGACACGAAGGUCGAGCUCCGGAGGGUGAGGGAUCAUGGCCUUCAACUAUCUAGAGAUUUAGAGGUCGAGCUCGAAAGGGAGAGAGGGAUGCGAAUUGUUUUAUCAGAAGAUAGGGAUAGGUUGACAAUCAAGCUCCAGGGCGUUGAAGAACAGUUGAAAGUUUUGCUGCAAGAGAUGGAAAUCUCUAGAAAGCACCAUGAAACUGAAGUGCUGAAGCAUGAAGAUCACUUGCGAGCGAUGGAGGAAAACCACACUAAUCUUUCAUCUGAGCUUCUUGCCUCAAGGGAUGAGUUGUCCAAACUGCUCGGAGAGAAGGUUCAAGCUGAACUGCAACUAGAGAUAUGCAAACAACAGCUGACAAAAUUGGAAGGGGCAAUAACAGGGACAUUGGAGAAGCAUAGGGGUGAAGUAGCAACUUACGAGGGAUGCAUCAAAGAGUUGGAGGAAAGCCGCACCAUGUUAGAGGACCAGUUGUUAAUGUCUCAAGAAAAGUUGGCUAAGUUGCAGGAUGAGAAAAAUCAAGUCCAGCUUGAACUCGUGGCGCAUAUGGAACAGCUGAAAAAAAUGGAGGCUUUGAAUCAGGAUGUAGGAAAAGAACUUGCUGAAGCUAAACAGCGGGUAGAUAUACAUGUACAGGAAAGAGCUGCUUUAUUAGCAGAGCAUGUCUCACAGAUUGGAAGCCUUCAAGAGCAGCUGAAUCUCUUGGAAAGUAAGGGUGCCUCAUCAGCGACUGAGAUUUUACAGGUAAUGAGUGAUUUGGAGGCAUUGAAAAAGGAGAAGGAAGCUGCUUACAGUCAAGUAGAAGUUUGGAGAGAAGGUUGUAUGAGGCUGGAAGAGGAGAAAAGCAAAAUCGCCGAUGAUUUAUUGCAUAGCAAGGAUCAGUUGCAGCUUGUCAUAAGGGAUGAGGAAUUACGCCAAGCUAAGUUAUCCACCGAACUUGAAACGUACAAGGAAAAUGCAGAAAGGCUCACCGGAGAGAAAGCGUCCUUGUUAGAAGAGCUGGAGGCCACGAGAGAGCAUCUGAGAGGCGUGAAUAAUGAGAAGGUGAAUGAGAUUGAGUUGUUGCUGAAGCAAGUUGAGGAGCUGUCUCAAAGUAAGGAACAUGCAGUGAAUGAACUUUCGGCAGCAUUUCAACGUGCAGAGAAGGUGGAGAGAACUAGGACGCAAUUAGUUGCAAAAUUGGAAGCAGUCCAACAACACCUUGAGGAUUUGUCCAAAGACAAGGACUCCCUCAUCACAGAUCUAGACGUAUCGAGACAGCAGUACGAGGAACUCGACAAGGAAAAAGCCAUGAUGCUCUCCAGCUUUGAGGUCUCUGUGAACAACUGGAAAACUGAAAAAUCGGAGCUCCAUGAGGCACUCGAGGCCUCCAAAGAACUCCAAAAUUUGUUUGCUGCUGAAAAAGAUGGAAUAGCCUCCGAUUUGGCAGCUGCUAGGGAACGAAUGGAGGACAUGAAGGAGUUCCAAGCACAGGCUGCUGCAGAGAUCGGAACUUUGAAGCAGUCAAUUCAAUCUGGCGAUGAUGAGAGAGCGCAGCUUGUUGCUCAACUCAGUGCUCGAGAUCAGCAAGUGCAGAGGUUAGUGGAGGAGAACAGUCAGCUGACUUCUGAGCUUCAGAGGCACAGUGAAAGAAUAGUGGAUCUGACUGAAGAAAUUGCAAGGUUGACGGAAGAGAUGAACUCAUACAAGCGUAAAGUAGGGGAGUCUGAGGCGGAGCUGUCGCAACUCAGGGUGGAGAGUAAGUUCCCACAAGCUCAGUCGGAGUUGUCGACAGAGGAGAAGACCAAGGAUGGCGAAGGUGAUAUCGCAUCUAGAGAAGUACUUAAACUCGCCAAAGAAGAACAGGACUGUCAGCCUACUCGGGAAAGCACGACGACUAGGUCCUGUGACCUUCAUGGGACUGUACAUUCAGUUGAAGACCUCGAAGGGUUGAAGCACCAGAUUGAGACCAAAGAAGGGGAGUUGGCUGACCUAAAGACCCAGUACAUACUCCUCCAGACCCAACUGGAAUCUUCUGAUGGAGAGAGACACAAUCUUGCCCAGGAACUUGUGACCUUGAGACAGCAACUGCAGCAGUUGAGCGAGUCGAAGUCACAUGUUGCUGACGAACUCGCAUUGGGUGUCGAAGCAUCAAGGCAACGCAUGCUCGAAUACGAAGAAGCAAAAUUCGAGUCGUCCUCUGACAUGAAGAGGUCCAAGCAGGACCUGCAAGCUUUGGAUGCCGAAGAUGCCGAAAAUCAAGCUAUGGCUUCAUCAAUCGAUGGGCAUCAAGGCACUCAGGAGAAGCCUAGAUCAACUUCUAACGUUGUUCUUGAAUCUUCUGCUGAGCUAGCCGGAGCCAGCCUUAAGAGAAGCCCUAUGUCUAAAUCCGACGAUUCUAUUGUUGGUGUAGGAUCCGGUGUUUCCAAGCUCAUUGGAGAAUUUGAGAGAAAGGCUCAUGCUGGACAAGAGCAAGCGGAGCAGCUGAGAAAAGCUGUUCAUGAGAAUCUUCGCUUGACUGCUUCCGUGGAACGUCUGGAGAGCGAGAGACAUAUGCUGGUCGAUGCUCCCGCACAAAUUGCAGACCUUCAGAGGCAGUUGGAGGAGCUUGCGAAACAGAUCGUCGAACUUCAGGCAGAGAAGGACGAGGCUGUCGGAGCACUACUAGCGGCUGAAGCAGAGCUCAGACAGUCUAAGGAGAUCGUGAAGGAGGAAAGCCUCUUGGUUGCAGAUAGAUUAGAGGCACUGGAGGAAUCUGUAAUCUCCUUGAAUACUGAGAGGGAUGUCUUGGCAGGUACGUUAGUGGAUAUGGAGAAAAGCCUGAUCCAUGGAUCUAAACAGACGUCGCAGGAGGAGUCGCCUUGUCUCGAGUCUCUUGUAAGUAAUUCUUCUUCACAGAGUCUUGAAAGAAGUGAAUUGCUGGUGCCGAAGGAUGUAAGCUUCCUAGUCAAAAAGCUGGAGAAAGCUGUAUUUGAAGCAUUUCCCGACGCCUCUAAGGAGUUGGCAUCUUUGCGCGACGGUAAAGCUGCUGUUGAUUAUUGUGACAUACUCUGUGAUAAGUUGCUCACUGGUGACACUGGAGUCUGCCACCAGCUACAGAAGGCACAUCUUCAGCUAACUGAAAUCAGACAGCGGUUGACCCAGUCUGAAGAGAAGCUGAUUCUGGUGCAGCAAGAAAGAGACUCGGUUGUUCAGGCUCAUGCUCAAUUCCACGAACGUCUGGAACAGGUCGUUGAGGAAAAGGAGCAGGUGAAGCAGGUGCAAGCCGAUCUUUGUUGCGAUGUUGAGGAACUUGUGAGCAAAAUGAAGGAAGCUACUCAGGGUUACGCAGAUCAGCUUGCGCAUCAAACCGCGGACAAAGAUGCCGUUCAGGCAGAGGUGUCAGUUUUGCAGGCAAGGAUAGUUGAACUCGAGGCAUCAUUGGCCUUGGAAACAACCUCACGCUCGGUUGUGAACAAGGACCUAGGAGGUAUAGUCACGAAGCAUUGGGGAGAAGGCGCCGACGCUGAUUAUGAGAUUCAGUCUUUGCAACAGAGUCAUCAAGCAAGAGAGAUCGAGGUGAACACUCUUAAUCGGAAGGUAGAAGAGGCAGCUGGAACUAUUGCUCAACAGUCAGAUGAAAUCAAGCAGCUCUUACUCCAGACAGAGAGACUGAGUGAAGAAAUGGAGAAGAUCAACACCGAAAGAGCAUCUUUUGAGUUAAGUCUGGCCCAGGCAGAGCAGAAGCUAUCCUCGACUAGAGAGAAGCUUAGUUUGUCUGUGACAAAAGGCAAAGGUGUGGUGCAGCAACGGGAUGCUUUGAAGCAAGUUGUCGCUGAAAAGACAAAACUUCUUGAAUCAAUGAAGGCAGUUCACGAGCAGGAAAUGCAGGCGAAGGAUGUCGCUCUGCAGGAUAUGGAGAGAAAGUUGAGUGAGCUUCAAGCUCUCAAGGAGGACUACAUCCAACUUGAGACUCGGUGUUCUUUUCUACAGGAAGUAGCUGGAAGAGCUGAGAAGGUUUUGCAGAAUAGUGAAAAUCUAGUCGAAGGAUUAUCUGCACUGCUAGAAAGCUCUAUGUCAUCAAAUGACUGGCACUCUUGGGAGCUUGUAGAGAAGAUUGUGUGGAUCACCAGCGGUACCAGUAAGGUUGUGCAAGCUAUGGAAUCUAUGAAGGGUGAAAUGACGAGUUUAACCCGAACCUCUGAUACCCUUGCCAGUACUGCGGACGAAGCACAAUCUAGAGCAGAGAUCUUAGCACGCGAGCUCUCUUCAAUGAAACUUGAAAAGGAAGAGCUUGUUUCUCAUUUCGAACAAGUAAGGUCCAACUUCCAGUUAGAGCUACAGCAGAAGACCGAUGAGAAAGCACACCUUACUUCCCUCAUUAGGCAGUUCGAUUCCGAAGUAGUCACCCUUAGACAAACCAACGAAAGCUUAAAUAGACGAUUAGAGGAGCAAGCCACGCAUGUUGCUAGUUGUGAAGGUGAAAUCACCACUUUACAGAAGAGGUUGGCAGAGCGAGAGGAGGAAUGGCACCAGGAGGUUGUAAAUCAUGAACAGCUGCAAGCCAGUGUGUUCAGUAUCGCAAGAAACCUUGUUGAUAUUCACGAGUCUCUUCCACCAUUUGAAGGUGAUAUCAGUUCUGCUCAGUUGUCCUUGUCUUGGUGCAAGGAAUUUAUGCAUGUGUUGGUCGCUCGUUACAAUGACAUUGUUGAGAAGCUUGAUGAGAUUGUUCGUCAAGAAUCGAAGUCUGCUUUGAAUAAAGCUCUCUCAGGCGCAGUGUCAAAGAAGCAUGUGGACCAAUUGUCCUUGAAGACCGUCUCCACAGAUUUGAUCAAGGAGGUCGAGGAGAUAUUCUCGCUGGUUGAGAAACAGGCUGGUGAGGCGACUACGCUUUUGCAACGAAUCGAGAAGCAAGCAGAUGAGCUCGCUGUCGCUGAGAGUGAGAAGCUAAGGUUGCAGCGGGAGCUUUCGACUGCUGAGCAGAGAUCAUUGACCAUCCGAGAAAAGCUUACCUCAGCCGUGACAAAGGGCAAAUCGUUGGUACAACAACGUGAUGCGUUGAAGCAAGCUUUGGCAGAGAAGACUGAUGAACUAGCAUCAGCGAUCAUCUCCCAUCAAAAGGAGUUGGAAUUCAAGGAUGCAGUGUUGCAUGAGACGAGCCAGAAACUAGCCGCCGCCAUGGAUCAAGUAGACAGCUUGGAGAAACAGCUUGCCGUAAUGAAGACCUCCGUCUCAGUGGAAAAACAGCCAUCUUUUGUGGAGAAAGUGAGUGAACUGGAGAGAUUACUUGCUGAGACGCAACUGAAGGUUGAUUUGGCUGAAGCAGAAGCGGAGAGUAGCAGGAAGGUAGUCGAUGUAACGUCUACUGAGCUGGAGAAAUGUCAGAGUACAGUUGACGCUCUGGCAAUACAGGUGAAGUCUGUGACACAGGAGAAAGAUGACCUUCUCCAGCAGCUGGAGAGGUCGAAGACGAAGCACAUGAAUGACAUUGAAGAGUACGCUAAUCAAAGGACCCAGCUUGAAUCUAGUAUCGGCGACCUGGAGAAUAUCAUAGCCCGUCAAAAGGAGGACAUGGAGAGUCUGAUGAGAAAGUUUGAAGAGCUCAAUGACUUGUACAACUCAUUGAGUGCUCAAAGUAUGGAGGAUGCCACAGAAACAACUAACUUGCAGGAUGAAAUCAAUUCCCUACACAACCACAUUGCUGAACUCGAGCUCAGCAUGGAAAUGGAAGCAGCUGCCAGGCAAAAGCUGGAGGCUGAUUCCGACGCAGUUGUGGCUUGCAUCCAGGAGGUUACGCAGGAGGGAUGGGGUGAUAAGACUGUCAGCUUAUCUGAAAGCAACUCUGCUAGUUCCGAAGCAACCAGUCUUCUUGAGGAAAUGAGCAAUCUGCUAAUAGCAAAGUACAAGGCAGUCGUUCAAGAAGUGGAAGAACUGUCCGAACAAGUAUCUCUGCUGUCUAAUCUAGAAGAGACGUCAAAGGCCAAAACAUUCUCGGAACAGGAAUCUCUGUCUCAAAUGCAACAAAUGCUGGAGUCGAAAGAUUUGGAGUUGAGCGAAUUGAGUAAGAGAAUGGAAGAGGCUGCUUCAGAUAUGGCUCAGCAAGAAGACGUUGUUCAAGGCUUAAUGCAGCAGGUAAACAAGCUGAGAGGGGAGCUUGCGAAAGCAAACGGGGAAAGAGAUGCUUUGAAGAACGAGCUUGUACUUGCUGAGCAAAGAACAGCCAAUACCAGGGAGAAGCUGAGUCUUGCUGUGAAGAAAGGCAAGAACGUUGUGCAACAGCGAGACUCCUUGAAACAAUCAUUUUCCGAGCAGGAGUUGCUACUAGCGAAGUGUAAGGAGGAACUGGCCAGUAAAGAGUCUAUAGUGUCGAGGAUCAAGGACGAAUUGAUGACGUCUAACCGAAAGGUUGAAGACCUAGAAGCAAAUGUAGAGUCUUUGAUGAGACGUACGUCGGUCCUUGAGCGUGACAUGCUUGACAAAAAGAAUCUCCUUCAGGCUCUGGAGACGGGUCUGAGCAAAUACAGUUCCGGAAAUGAAUGGCGCUCAAAGAAGUUGACACAGAAAGUUGAUUGGUUAGUCUCUGCUAUUGCUGAUGCUGAAAGCAGGGCACUGUUGUCUUCUCAAGAAGCGGAGGCAGCGAGGAAAGAGUCGAGUCAGCUACGGUCACAUCUGAGAGACACUCAAUAUGAAGCAGAAUGUGAGAAGGAAUCGCUUUCCAUUCUGACCAUGAAGCUGGAGAAGACUGAAAAUGAGCUUCAAUGGAGUCAGCAUCGAACCGCAGAAUUGGAAGCUCAAUUACCUGCUCUUGCAUCAGCUCAUCAACAAUCGGAGAUGCUUAUGGAGAAGAUUCGGAGUCUGGAAGCCCUUCUCGACAAGAAGCAGGAAAAAGUUAGGAAUCUAGAAUCCAUCCUGGAGCAAAAGCAGGCUGACAUGAGGAAAGCAGAAGAGGCCGUCUAUGCUUGGGCCGGACGGUCCGAGGAGACCGAAGCUUAUAUUCAUAGAAGUCAGAUGCGCAUUUCAGAGUUGGAGGCGCAGUUGCGAACAUUGAGUGGGGUUCAACAGCAAGCUGAAGAACUCUCCAAACAGGUCCAGGGUUUAGAGGAGGUCGUUCAGCAGAAACAGUCUGCUUUGAAAGCUCUGGAAGCUUCACGUACAAAAGCCGUGAACAAGCUAACUACAACUGUUAACAAGUUCAGAGAACUAUGUAAACAGUCAGAAGGACUUGUUGCGGAGCUCGAGCGUGUGCAAGGAAGUGUAGAAAGUAAGGAUGCCGAGAUAACUCAGCUGAAGGAAGAGGUUGGAAGAUUCUGCGCUGAAGCACGCAAGUUACAAGAGAGAGUAGAUUCCAGCAACGAUCUCCUCGUGCAACUUGAGCAGAGGUUGCAAAGUGUUUUUCCUUCAGGUUUGGAGAUCGAGCUUUCACCGAGUGGGAUCAAUAAAGCAAACUCCGUUGACCAAGGACCUUCUAUAGAAGUGGAAGACGUGUUCUUCGCGAAUGUAAAACUUAUUCGCAGGCGAUUGGAAGCAUUUGUAGCGCAUUCACAAAGUUGGCAAUCAGAGCUGGCAAAGAAGGAUGCGCAGUUGCAAGGGUUGAGGAAAGAGCUUGAGGAAGCAAACGGAGAUAGAAUCAGCUUGAAGACAAGUCUGCAGAGAGAACAAACUCAGUUUGAGCUAUACAAGGCAGAGUUUGCAUCAAAGUUUUCUCCCGCUGCUGAAAGGGAAAAUCUCAAAGUAGAAGAAAUUGAGGAGGUCCAAGUAGGGAAACGGUCGAUACCGUCCACUUCUGCAGCUCCGCAGAUUCGCGGUACAAGGAAGCCUGCUUCGUUUGAUGUAGCUAUCGAUAUGGAUGUGGGAUCAAGCCGAUUGCUGGAGGUUUCAGACGAAAAAGGUCAUGGCUUCAAGUCCUUGGCUACUGCAAGGUUCAUGCCACGUGGCACCCGUUUUGUUGCCGACCGAAUUGACAGAAUAUGCGCUGCAGGAGGAAGAGUUCUUAUGCGGCAACCUGGAGCUCGACUGGGUCUUACUUUGUACUGGCUUGCAAUUCAUAUAUGGAUGGCUUUGUUGAUAGCUACAGCACAUGUGUAGCAGAGUUUAAUUGCAGCCACCGACUUUUCAACAAAUAAGGAAGCUCAAGAUUGUCUUUUUGGCGAUUCGAAUGAGAUAUCAGCUCAAGCACUCGAGUCAGGAGAGGGUCUGGCAGUGAUUUCAUGUCCCUUAGCCUACCUGGAUCUAUCACCUCCACAGACAACCAUCAAUCAUUGUUACAUAUUGCUGAGUUGCAAGAGACUUUUUCAGCUACUGCAUAUGAGAAAAACUAUACAGACAUGUUACAGGUACUACUGCAGCAGUAUUUGAGAUGAUUUGAUUCGUCUUAUAAAAAAUUGUCAUCUACAUAUGAUGGAAAGAUUCAUCAGCAACGCAUGCAAUGGAUUGGUUGUCCAUGUACUAUACUUGUACGUAGACACCUGAUAAUGAAGUUGAACUCGUCAACAAAUUAGAUUAGUUAGCUUAUUGAUUGACACACAUUGUUCAUAGAUUCUUAUCACAUAAGGAUGAUUAUGUUGAGUCAGGCAUUGCUUGUUACCUUCGGGUAUUUUCAGUAUGUCUUGAUUCACAAGUUGUAGUCUUCCAUUUUUCAGAAUCUCAACCAGAGACUUUGUAUCAUAACAACUGUACCUAAUAACUAGCAUACGAAGUAGCUCCUGCGACAUUUUGUGAGCAUGAAGCUUCGUUUUCUCCUGUCUCUAUUCAUUGCACGCUACUAGGACUUCGUAUCCGAAUUUUCCUCUUGACUAUCAAGAGCAAUUGAAAUGAUUUUUGUUCGUGUGCCUUUGGCAAUUUGAUCCGCGGCUAUCAGU